AUGUGGUCUGCCCUGUGGUUGCUAUGCGGGCUAGUGUUUAGUGCGGUGCACUCGUGGGGGGUGCCCAGGUUUGAUUUUGAUAGGUACGGUGCACUGCGAUCGUCUACGUCCAUCAUUAACUCGGACAAUAUAGCCGAGUGGACACCCAUAGUGUCAGAGCUGACUCCAGGGAAGCAGGACUUCUACAUGUUCAACAUCAGCGACAAGUCCUCGGGACUCGGGUUCGCACCCAGUUACGAAAUUCUCAUCUUCAUGAGUGGUAAUAUAUGCAGCCAACCACCUUUCGAGAAUGCAUCGUUCAACAGUUUAGAGGUAGAAGUGAGACUAAGUUACGCGUUUAACGAUACAAUCGCAGUAAAUGCAUCCAUUGGCGAAUCGGUCGCGUUUUCGUCCGGAUACGUCGAAGCGUUGGAAGUGUGCCCGUUAAACGUGACUGAUCAGACAGCCUUUACCAAGUCUCAGUUCUCGAACUUGUACGUCGUUGUGGAGCUUUACAAUACCACGUCCAAGUUGCCACUACAGGUGACACCAGAGACUGCACAGAUGACAUGGUCGUACAGGCUCAGCAUAUCGGAGAAUGACCUCGUGUUCCAAUGGGACGAAAGGUCAUGGUUAGAGGUUCUGGACACGGAUCAUAACUCUGCGUUACUGAUGACCGGUAACGUCUCCGCGGACCAUCACUCACAAAUGGGGAACGUCUCCGUAUACGAUCCAUCGCUGUACGACAUAUACAUCUACACAGAGGAGGAAAGUACGAAGCUGAUGCAAGCUCAGAUGAAUUUCUCGCUGUGUGCCGUGACAAACGGUAAUUACUUGGUCACCUCUGCCAACGAGGUCAACGUCAGCUCCAAUAUGAUGGAGAACACCCUACGCGUACAAAAAACCAUCGCCUCCAGUGGGAACGGGGUCAGCGAGUUCUUCUACGUCACGGGGCUCAAUAUGUCAACGUCAUACGUCGCGUAUCUUACCAAAAAAAUUGGCCAAAGAGGUAACCUUUCCGACGUUGGUGGCAUUCUCUUCUCAAAUAUCGAGUUCACCACCGCAAUAGACGAUAGUUGCUCUCUCAUAUACGGCCUCGAUUUUUGCACAGAUGUCAUGUAUUCAGUGCCGACCUCCUCGUUGGCAGCUGGGAAUAAAACACUAAUGGCUGAGACCUAUGACAAUAUCGCCAAGGGGGUAUACGCCAACUUCAGCAGCGCACUGAAACUGGUAUCGUGUGACACGGAACUGGACGCCAGGUAUUCACCCUUGAGGACUUGUGAGGACUGUGCAAGAUCGUACAGAGAUUGGCUCUGCGCGGUUUCCAUUCCCAGAUGCACCACAAGACACUCAGAGUACUACCUGAUGAGGAGCAAAAAUGAUAAUAGGAACGCCUUCAUCAACGAAUACAUAAGGCCAAUCCGCAACUAUUACGAAAUCCUCCCCUGCAUCAACAUGUGUUACAACCUUGUAAGUGACUGCCCGAGUGUUUUCGGAUUUUCUUGCCCGUCGUCGAACAAAAAUGAAGAACUGUUGUUGAACAGUUACAACUACUUUAUCGAGGAUUCCUGGGAUCCCACAUGCAACUUUUUGGGAAAUAUCACACAUGCCUUGAAGUCUUAG